GCGGCUGUGUUCGGAAAAGGGAUCGUAAGACUAAACCCAAACACUUUAGAGCCAGCUUGCAGUGAACGGUGGAGAGAUGUCUUGUGGGCGGUGUUAGCUUUUACUGGAACCCUUUGUGUGGUCCAUCUUGAAACAUCAAUCAAAGUUCUCUUGACAAACUUUGUUUUCCUUUCUCGACCAUUCUCGUUGCAUUUUAGUUAUUUUUCCUCAGCCUUGUGAUGUUAGACUUCUCUUUAUUUUGACGCUUGUUUUUUUUAAUACAGGUUGGAAUUCCCUUUGUUGCUGAAAGAAACCCCGCUCUCCAUACAAAGGUUGAUCGUAUUUCACUCAGACGUAACCCCUUCAUCCACACAUCUUUACAGUUUUGUGAACUAUUACCGAAAUAAGGACAUCCCAGGCCCCCGCGACCAGAGAGGCGGAAGAUUUUCAAAACGUGACUACGAGCGUGCUCAAAGGAACUUCAUAGUAAAUUUCACUCUGACUCUCUAGCCAGUAGCGAUGGUUGUGUUUCAGCCAAGUGGUAGACACGUUCUUCACUCUUUAAAGCCAUGCGAUCUCUCGUCUUGUACCAAGAGAGAGAUCAAAGAAUACUUCGAAAACACCUACGACCUGUACGAGACAUUAUUCACGAGUCUAAAAGAUGAGUCAGCAUUUUACAAAUGCCCAGAUCGUCUACGUCUUCCUUUGAUAUUUUACUUUGGCCAUACAGCAGCUGUUUAUAUCAAUAAACUUGUUCUUUCAGGCCUUCUGAAGGAGAGGGUGAAUUUUUUCCUUGAGACACUCUUUGAGACGGGUGUAGAUGAAAUGUCAUGGGAUGACACGGAGAACUACAGGAUGGGAGGCAGCUUUAAAUGGCCAACAGUUGUUGAAGUGGCAGAAUUCCGCAAGAAAACACGCCAAGUCAUUUUGGAUGUCAUUGAGAACACACCACUGGAACUGCCCGUUACUCAGGACAGCCAAUGGUGGGCAGUUUUCAUGGGAUUUGAACAUGAAAGGAUCCACUUUGAGACCUCAUCAGUUUUGAUUCGUCAGAUGCCGCUGAAACUUGUCAAAAAGCCUAAGGGAUGGAAAAAUGGACCAUUGACUACAGGCGAUCCUGUGUCGUCCAAUCCACUGAUUGAAAUAACAGAGCAGGCUGUGAGCAUGGGCAAACCAGAAAACUUUCCAUCAUAUGGCUGGGACAACGAAUAUGGCGAAUGGAAUGUCAAGGUUCCGCCUUUCAGAGCUUCCAAAUAUCUGAUCACCAAUCGGGAGUAUUUGGAUUUUGUCAAUGAUGGAGGUUAUGAAGACUCCAAGUACUGGACUGAUGAAGGCUGGAAUUGGAAACUGUUCCGCAAAAUGCGUCAUCCUACUUUUUGGGUUUGUGGAAAAAAGUGCAAAUCUGGUUGUGGUGGAGACUUAGCAACUUACUCUCACUGUAAGGAAGAAAGUGAUGUCAAUCAUAACAUGAAUGGGCAUUAUAAUGGUGUUGCCAAUGGUGUUGCCAAUGGAGUUGCCAAUGGAGUUGCUAAUGGAGUUGCCAAUGGAGUUGCCAAUGGUGCUGUUAAUGGGUUUGCCAAUGGUGUCUUAAAUGGUGAUCAUCAUGUAAAUAGUGACUCAGAGGAGAUGGAGUGUCCUUACAAGUACCGUGCAAUGUUUGAGGUGAUGGAAAUGCCCAUGGACUGGCCUGCAGAAGUGAACUACCAUGAAGCAAAAGCUUUCUGUGCAUGGAAGGGUUCAGACUACCGUCUGCCUACAGAGGCUGAACAUCAUGCCAUGCGUGGACCCCAGAAAUCUCCCUCAGAGGGUACUACCUCUGACAUUAUCUACCAGGAUGAUACAAAAGCAAACAUCAACAUGGCGUAUGGCUCUUCCACACCUGUGAACAUGUUCCCACCGACUAAAGCUGGAUUUUGUGAUGUCUUUGGAAACGUAUGGGAGUGGGGUGAAGACCAUUUUAAUGGAUUUAAAGAUUACAAACCUCACCUUUUGUAUGAUGACUUUUCUACGCCAUGUUUUGAUGGAAGACACAACAUGACUAUGGGUGGCAGCUGGGUUUCUACAGGAGAUGAGGCAUCACGAUUUGCUCGUUUUGCUUUUCGCCGCCAUUUCUUCCAGCAUCUUGGCUUUAGACUUGUGCAGUCCAUUGCGGAUAGUCCACCAAUACGUUUGGUUGGGACUCCUGUGUUUGUGCUUGGAGUUGGUGUAGAAGACAAUCCUUCGACUGUGCCUGGUGUUGACAACAGUGCAUAUUACUCCACUUCCAAUUCACAAUACCAUGAUGAUGCGGAAGAGUUUCUACUGAGCGAAGUCUCGUCUCACUAUGGGGAUCUUUUGGGAAUGGACAACAACGUCGAAGAGCAUGAGGAGCUAGUUCAGCUUUGCGUGGAUGCCAUACAGAAGUGUGAAUGCCCUGUUAAGAAGGCUUUGGAAAUCAUGUGCUCUGUAGGACGACUCUCGUAUGAACUGAGCAGGCAUUUUGAUCAGGUGAUUGCUAUAGACCACAGUGGUCGUCUGCUCGAUGCAGCCCUGAAGAUUCAGCAAGGAAAAUCCUUGGAGAUCACCAGCGCUCUGGACAAGCGUUUUUCCAGUAUUCCUCUCAACAAGAUUAUAGCCGAAACUGAGAAAGUGCUGUUCCAACAGUUCACCUGGCUGCCAAAUGAGAUUGGUGUUUAUGACGUCAUUGUCAUGCCUUGCCUCCACCGUCUGGCCAAUGUUAAAGCUUGGUUGAUUCGCCUGUGGGAGAUCAUCAAUCCAAAAGGUCUGUUGAUCAUCAAGACCAACAUCACAUGGGAUCUUGAAUCACUGAAAGCUGUGCUUGGAAACAGAUUUUCUCUUUUGGAGCUCCGCUUGGUGAAAAGCAAGCGGGAAGGACUGCGCAAGUCUGACAUGUGCCACUCAAGUGUUACCAUAUGGAGAAGUAAACAGUAAAUUGCGCUACUGAAACGUUGAGGAGAACAAAAGCAUUGUUACGUUGAAACGGCACUGAAAGAUCACUGAAUAUUCCGGUUUUUCCCUUUAAUGGUUCGUCCAGGUGGCUGCUUGUGUACGAUUUAGUCUGGGGGUAGACUUUUUCGGUGAUCAUUAAUCCUUUUUAUCCGACCUUACAUCCUGGUAUCACUCUAUUCUGAUUAUCAGAUAGGCACCUACCUGAUUUUUUUUUUCUUGUAGCAUGCGGCCUAAAUGAAGUUGUCUUUUAGUUUGCCUAAUUUUUCCAGUAGCUAUAAUUUUUUUCCAUCAUUGAUUUUUCUCUAAGUGUUGUCUCCGUGAAAUGGCAUUGUUCCCACAACGAAACCUGGGGUCUCACACUCCAUCAAGUUAUAACGCCAAAUAUUCAGCAUUUUAGGAAUAAAAAGUACCAGUGUAGGAGUCUUUCGAUAUAUAAUCCUUCGAUUUAAACGUGUAGUUUUGAGAAACUAGGAAAAAUGUGUAAUCGCUCAGGUCUUAAUUUUUACAAGGCUAGAGUAACUGCAUGAAGUAUAUUCAAUCACAGUUGUGAUCUAAAUCAACGUUAGAGCGGUUUACAUGAAUGUCGUAAAACCAAAACCAAAGUAAUCACAAUGACCAAUCAGAAGAGAGGAAAAUACUUUUAAGAGCCAAUGAGAACUCUCGCAAAACUGACCAAACUGCUUGAAGCGCGGGAAAACGCGGGCAUCCAAGUCGUAUUUGGUUUUAGUUUUGCAUCUGAUUGGUUGAAGAGUGGCGCGAGUUUUCUGGACCAAUCACAGAGCGAAGUAAAGCAAAAAAAAAAAAUUAACAUUUAUUUACAUUUAAGAUUAACGUUCUUUACAUUUAAAGAUUAAAAGUAAAAAUUACUAUUUACAUUUAAUAGAAAAUUGCUUUAGGUAACUGCUUUGCUACUAAGUAGUUUUUAAACUAUGUUUAUUGCCAUCAAUAGAUAGUUUAUCUCUUUAUUUCUAAAGUUGACGAAGUUAUCAAUAACGAAUAUGUUCAAGUUAGAAAGUCGACUCUAAGUUGACUGUAACUUACUUAGCCCAAUGUGGGAAAUUUAUCUUAUCUUAUGUUGCGAUGUUCGUGCCAAUGACUCGAAAAGACGAAGUUCUACGAAACAUCAGAAAUAAAUUGUGGUUACUUUAA